AUGGAGCUUUCGGACGCGAUCGAAGUAUCAAGGGUAAACAAUGUGUUCAUGCGAAAAGGACCUCGUCCAUCUCAAGUUGGAUCUCUAGUACUAAUAGGUCAUCAUUUAAUAUUUUCUCCUAAUACGCAAUCACCAACAUUGGAUAGGAAUAAUGAAGAGUUGUGGCUUCUUCACCGUGCCGUUGAUCGGGUUUUUAUUGAGCCUCUCGUCAAGGACCAACCAUCAAAAGGCGGUCUUUUAUCGUUGAGGUGUAAGAAUUUUAUGGUCAUAAUUUUCGAAAUAUCGAUUUGGGAAGAUUGCCAAGCUGCAGCGCGGUCGAUAGAGACUUUAUCUAAUAUCAGCGGUUGUUCUCACGAUUACCCGUUCUAUUAUCGAUGCCCCUUUCAAGUCCUGGAUGAUGGUUGGAAAGCGUUCGAUUCCAGCGAAGAGUUUGCUCGUUUAAUCGUUCGCUGUGGUGACGCUUUUCGCAUCAGUGACGUUAAUGAUGGAUUUCAGGUUCGUUUAUAG